UCCAUUCUACUCUGCAUCUGACUGCCAAUUGCAAGGGUCGCUGAAAAACCCGAACUUCUGGUUUAGGCCCGUUGCCGUAGGCCCGUAGCCAUCGUAUCACCAUCUAGCGCCUCUGUUGACGCCGCAUCACCGUCCACCGCCGUCGUGGCGGAAUGCUAAUUCACUGCCAGAUCUGACCCGCUGCGGAUCUCAACCUUCUGCCGGGAAUGGCUUCUUCCUCGGAAGUCGAUUCCCGCCUGAACCAGAUCGUGAUCCCCGCACUCGAGAAGAUCAUCAAGAAUGCAUCAUGGCGUAAAGGACACUCCAAACUUGCACAGCAGUGCAAAUCUCUCAUCGACCGCCUGUCCGAGCCUCCCUCUUCUGCUUCUUCCCAUCCUCCAGACUCCCCCGACUCCUCUUCUUCUAUCCCUGGACCCCUUUCGGAUCUUUCCUUCGUCGAAUCCGAGGCCAUCCUUGCCCCUUUGAUAUCCGCCUGCUCCUCCUCCUUCCUCAAGAUCGCCGAGCCCGCCUUAGACUGCGUUCAGCGACUCAUCUCCCAUGCCCUCCUCCAUGGAGAGGCUGACCCCGCCGCUGGACCUUCUGCCCGCCUCCUCGCUCAGCUCAUCGACGCUUCCUGCAGCUGCCGAUCCCUGGCCGACGACUCAGUGGAGCUCCUCGUCCUCAAGACACUACUCUCCGCCGUUACGUCCACAUCCCUUCGCAUCCACGGCGAUUCCCUUCUCCUUAUUGUCCGCACCAUAUACGACCUCUACCUCGCCUCUAAGAACUCCGUGAACCAGACAACUGCCAAGGCCUGUCUCAUCCAGAUGCUCGUCAUCGUCUUCCGUCGGAUGGAGGCUGACUCUUCUACCGUCCCCGUACAACCUAUUGUGGUGGCUGAUCUUAUCGACCUCACUGCCGACCUCUCCUCAGGCGAAGGAAACCCUACUCAAUUCGUACAGGGCUUCAUUACAAGGAUCAUUAGUGACAUUGACGGCGUCUUCAACCCGAGAUCCACGCCCGACACUGGCGUCCAUGACGGAACUUUUGAGUCCACGACGGUGGAGAGCACGAAUCCGACGGAUUUGCUUGAUUCCACUGACAAGGAUAUGCUAGACGCCAAGUAUUGGGAGAUCAGCAUGUACAAAACUGCUCUUGAGGGGAGAAAAGAUGAGUUGGGAGGGCAGGGGGCGAUGGUGGCCAUAGAGAGGGAUGAUGACGAUGAGGUGCAAAUCGAAAACUGGUUGAGAAGAGAUGCUUUUUUGGUUUUCCGGGCUUUAUGUAAGCUCUCAAUGAAGACACAACCCAAGGAGGCUUUAGCUGAUCCUUCUCAGAUGAAGGGAAAGAUUGUAGCUCUGGAGCUACUCAAAAUUUUGUUGGAGAAUGCCGGUGCUAUUUUUAGAACUAGUGAGAGGUUUUUAGGAGCAAUUAAGCAGUAUCUAUGCUUGUCAUUAUUAAAGAACAGCGCUUCACCUCUAAUGAUUGUUUUUCAGUUAUCUUGUUCCUUAUUCAUGAGCCUUAUAUCAAGAUUUAGACCCGGACUAAAGGCAGAGAUCGGAGUCUUCUUUCCCAUGAUUAUCCUGAGAGUUUUGGAAAAUGUUGCUCAGCCAAAUUUUCAACAGAAGAUGAUUGUGCUUCGAUUUUUGGAAAAGCUCUGCAUUGAUUCUCAAAUUUUAGUUGAAAUCUUUGUUAACUAUGAUUGUGAUGUUCACUCGCCAAACAUUUUUGAGAGAAUGGUCAACGGUUUGCUUAAAACUGCUCAAGGUACUCAUUCUGGUGCUGCGACAACCUUAGUACCACCUCAGGAUGCCAUGAUGAAACUUGAAGCUAUGAGGUGUUUGGUAGCCAUUUUGAGAUCAAUGGGAGAAUGGAUGAACAAACAGAUGAGAAUACCCGAUCCCCGUGCUCUUAGUCCUGUAGAAACAAUUGCUGGAAAUGUUGAAAGUAUGGGAGGUCUACCUAUGGAAAAUGGCAAAAUUGAGAACCCCGAAGGAGUGGAUUCUGAAACAAUAAAUGGUGUAGUCUCUGAAGCUGCUGCAAUAGAUCAAUGCCAGGCUUACAUGUUGGACCUUCAGGAAGGCAUAUCUCUGUUUAAUAGGAAUCCCAAGAAAGGCAUUCAGUUUCUUGUCAAUGCAAAGAAGGUUGGUGACUCAGCUGAGGAAAUUGCUUCUUUUCUUAAAAGUAAAUCUGGGUUGAACAAGGUCCUGAUUGGAGAUUAUCUGGGAGGAAGAGAAGAAUUGCCCAUAAAAGUCAUGCAUGCCUAUGUGGAUUCCUUCGAUUUUCAAGGCAUAGAGAUUGAUGAGGCUAUAAGGAGUUUUCUUCAUGGCUUUAGGUUACCUGGGGAGGCACAAAAGAUUGAUCGCAUCAUGGAGAAGUUUGCAGAACAUUAUUGCAAAUGCAACCCUAAGACUUUUAGUAGUGCGGAUACUGCAUAUGUUCUUGCAUAUUCUAUUAUAAUGCUAAAUACCGAUGCUCAUAACCCAAUGAUUAAAAAUAAGAUGUCUGCAGAUAAUUUUAUAAGAAAUAAUCGUGGAAUUGAUGAUGGUAAGGAUCUUCCUGAAGAAUAUUUAAGAUCCUUGUAUGACAGAAUUUCAAGGAAUGAAAUAAAGAUGAAAGAGGAUGAUUUUGCUCCGCAGCCACAGCAAUCUACAUACGUCAAUAAAAUAUUAGGCUUGGAUAACGUUUUGAAUAUUGUCAUCCCCAAGUGGAGAGAGAAAACAGAUGAAGCCAGUGAAGACGUCAUCAGGCAUAUGCAAGAACAAGUUAGGGAAAAGGCUCGUAAAUCAGAGUCUGUAUAUUGUGCUGCAACAGAUGUAGUGAUUUUGAGAUUCAUGAUGGAGGUUUGCUGGGCUCCUAUGUUGGCUGCCUUUAGUGUUUCUAUUGACCAGAGUGAUGAUCUAUCUGUUCUAUCCGCAUGUAUUGAAGGAUUUAGGUAUGCUGUACAUGUUACUGCAGCAAUGUCAAUGAAGACUCAAAGAGAUGCAUUUGUUACUUCACUGGCAAAGUUCACUUCCCUCCAUUCAGCUGCAGAUAUCAAGCAGAAAAAUAUUGACGCCAUAAAGGCAAUCAUUUUAAUUGCAGAUGAAGAUGGAAAUUACUUGCAAGAUGCAUGGGAACAUGUCUUGACAUGUAUUUCACGGUUUGAACAUUUGCAUCUCUUAGGACAGGGUGCUCCUCCGGAUGCGGCAUUUUUUGCAAUUCAACAGGGUGACUUCGAUAAAUCUAAGAACAUGAAGUCAUUGAUCCUUCCUGUGCUGAAGAAAAAUGGGCCUGGACGGCUUCAGCAAGCUGCUGCAGCUAGAAGGGGAUCAUAUGAUAGUGCUGGUGUUGGUGGUCAUGCUUCUGGUAUGGUCACAUCUGACCAAAUGAGCAACUUAGUUUCCAACAUGCAUUUAUUGGAACAAGUUGGAAUGUCUGAGAUGAACCAUAUAUUUGCACAAAGUCAAAAGCUGAACAGUGAGGCAAUAAUUGAUUUUGUUAAAGCUCUUUGCAAGGUGGCAUUGGAGGAGUUGCGCUCUAUGUCUGAUCCACGUGUGUUUAGCCUUACAAAAAUAGUUGAAAUUUCGCAUUGCAACAUGAGCCGGAUCAGGCUUGUGUGGUCUUCCAUUUGGAAUGUGCUGUCUGACUUCUUUGUCACCAUCGGUUGCUCAGAUAAUCUCUCAAUUUCAAUUUUUGCAAUUGAUUCAUUACGACAGUUAGCAAUGAAAUUCUUGGAUCGUGAAGAAUUAGCUAACUACAAUUUCCAGAAAGAGUUUAUGAAGCCUUUUAUCAUUGUUAUGCGGAAGAGUAGAUCAGUUGAAAUCAGGGAAUUAAUUAUCAGAUGUGUCUCCCAGUUGGUAUUCUCUCGUGUCAAGAGUGUAAAGUCAGGAUGGAGAAGCAUGUUUAUGGUCUUCACUACUGCCUCCUAUGAUGAGCACAAAAACAUAGUGCUUUUGGCCUUUGAGAUUCUCGAGAGGAUUAUAAAGGAUUACUUCCCUUACAUAACUGAAACUGAGAAUGCGACUUUCACAGAUUGCAUUAAUUGUCUGAUCGCUUUCACUAAUAGUAGGUUCAGCAAGGAUUUUAGUAGCCAGGCAAUUUCUUUCCUUCUCUUCUGUGCGAGUAGGCUUGCUGAAGGAGAUUUUGGAAAGAAUAUGGUGGCUUCUGCAAAUAAUGUACCAUCAUCUCCUCUGUUAGAAAAAAGGGAAAAAACAAAUACUGCCCGAUUUGCUGAUAAGGAUGAUCAUUUGCUUCUCUGGUUCCCCUUGUUGGCUGGAUUAUCAGAGCUUACCUUUGAUAUGAGGGCUGAAAUAAGAAAAAGUGCACUUCAAGCGCUAUUUUAUACAUUAGAAAAUUAUGGCCAUAUUUUCUCAUUGCCUUUGUGGGACAGAGUGUUUGAUUUUGUUCUUUUUCCACUAUUUGACUAUGUCAGACAUGCUAUAGAACCUUCUGGGGAGAAUAUGCAAACAGAGGAUUUCGAAGAUAACUCAGGUGAAUCAGAUCAAGAUGGCUGGCUUUAUGAAACAUGCAAACUGGCCCUUGAGUUAGUUGUGGAUCUCUUUGUGAAAUAUUAUGAUAUGGUUAAUCCUCUAAUGAGGAAAAUGUUGAUGUUACUGACGAGCUUUAUAAAGCGCCCCCAUCAGAGCCUGGCUGGUAUUGGCAUUACCGCAUUUACUCGUUUAAUCAGUAAAGCGGGUUCCCUGUUCACUGAGGAAAAGUGGCUUGAGGCUGUUCUGUCAUUGAAGGAGGCUGUGGUCGCUACAUUUCCAGAUUUUUCCCUUAUUUCUUCCGACACCCUUCUUGCUGAUGUUGUUAAAGAGACAACACAAUUUUCCUUAGGAUCAAGUACUGAAGGAUCGGGAAGAUCAACAAUUGAAGAACUUGAAGGAAAAAAGGCAAGAGCCCUAUAUUUUGCUCUUACUGAUGUUAGAUGCCGUGUUGCUGUUCAACUUCUUUUGAUUCAGGCUGUCACAGAGAUUGUAAACAUGUUCAGAGAUACCCUCUCAGCAAAAAACACUAUCGUACUCUUCGAAGCUCUACAUGGCGUUGCAUUGCAUGCCCAUAAAAUCAACGGUGACAGUGAGCUAAGAUCAAGACUAAUAGAUCUGGGCCCGAUGACCCAAAUGCAAGACCCACCAUUACUGCGCCUCGAGAAUGAAUCCUAUCACAUCUGCCUAUCUCUGUUACAAAAUGUUGUGGGUAACCCAUCUGGUUUUGGGGAAACAGAAGCAAGCGAUCUUCUAGUUGACCUGUGCGCAGAGAUUCUUCAUGUAUAUGUCGACAUUGCUAAACUUGGGAGCUCCGAUUCUUCAGCUGGAAAGCAGGUCAGGCCUCUGUGGCAAAUUCCGACGGGUUCCUCAAAAAGACGAGAGCUUGCGGCACGAGCACCGGUUGUUGUUGCAACUCUGAAUGUAAUUUGUGAAAUGGGAACAGAUUCUUUCUACAAGAGUUUGGUUCAGUUCUUUCCCCUUCUCUCAGGCUUGAUAAGCUGUGAACAUGGCUCGAAUGAGGUACAGGAUGUACUAUGCGACAUGCUUUCUUCGAAGGUCGGGCCUGUUCUGCUUCAGGCUUGCUCAAAUCUCCAGUAGUCAGUUUAGCGGAUAUGCUGAGUAACCCUCAUUUGUUUGUAAUUUUUGUCUCAUAUUUAUGUUAAUUUUAUUUGUAUUUUCUUUUUA